GGGGGACGAGGAUUCGCCGUACCCCACCCGGCACUCGGAGCCGUACCCGCUGAGCAAGGCCCAGGCCGAGCGGCUGCUGCUGGAGGCCAACGGGAAACCCGUGUCGGGGGGCGGCCGCCUGGUGACGCUGUCCCUGCGCCCCACGGGGAUUUUCGGGGAGCGGCACCCCCUGCUGGAGCUGUUCUACCGCCGGGGAAGGGGCCUGGGGGGGCGCGUGCCCCUGACCCUGCCCCCCAACGCAGAGCACGGCCGGGUGUACGCAGGGAACGUGGCGUGGAUGCACGUGCUGGCCGCCCGCGCCGCCCGCGCCCGCCCGGCCUCGGUGGGCGGCGAGUUUUUCUUCUGCUACGACGGCUCGCCCUGGGUGCCCUACGAGGACUUCAACCUCCUCCUGCUGGGCCCCGCCGGCAUCUCGGGGGGCCCCCGGGUGCCCCGGGGCCUCUCGGGGUUCCUGGCCUGGCUCAACGGGGCCCUGAGAGCGAUUUUGGGGCGUUUCGGGGUGAAGUGGGCGCCGCUGCUGAACCCCUACACGUGGGCGGUGGCGUCCACCCCGUUCAGCGUCCGCACGGCCAAGGCCCAGCGCGAGUUGGGCUACCGGCCGCUCUUCUCCUGGGAGGAGGCCAGGGAGAGGACGGUGCGCUGGGUGAGGACGCUGGGACGGGAGAAAACGGGGUGAAAAUGGGGAAAAACGGGGAAAAAAUGGGAAAAAACGGGGGAGAAAUGGGAAAAAACAGGGAAGAAAUGAGAGAAACGGGGAAGAAAGGGUUAAAAAUGGCGGUUUGGGGGCUGAGGUUGAGCGUGGACAUG